AGUUGGUUGAGUCUGUGGUGGAGUUUGAGAGGCCCAAAGAGCCCGCGAGAGGGGAGAUGAGAUCAGUUAGAGAAGUCAAAACAGCCAGGCAGGCAAGCAAGUGAUCUGGGAACAGAGAGGGAAAAAUAAGUUUGGGUUGUAGAGCAGAAAUAAGGCCGGAAAGAAGGAUUGUGUCCAUCCAGAGGACUAAGUUUGGAAGAGACAGGACAGGACGGGACAGGCAGUCAGGGGGCAACAAGAGGCAGAAAGACAGGGAACACCUGGACCAGCAGGGCAUUGAGUUACUUUCAGUCACAGGAAGCCUUUUCUCAGUUUUUACGGUCACUUUCUCACAGCUUGGCUGCAGAACAAACAGCUGCUAGCUGUGUGUGCUGUGAUUUGAGAGGAGCAUGUUUGACUGUAUGGAGGCUCUGGGGCUUGCCCCGCGGCCCCUCUUUGAUGUGUCCGGACAAGGAUCAUGCAUGCUCGGCAAGGCAACCCCUUACUUCUCCGGCCUGGACCCCUUCGCCUGGGCCGGGACUGGCAGCAUUCAGUCGGUGGAGACCCAGAGCACCAGCUCAGAGGAGAUGGUCCCCAGCUCUCCUUCUCCUCCUCCUCCACCGCGGAUCUACAAGCCGUGCUUUGUGUGCCAGGACAAGUCCUCUGGUUAUCACUAUGGAGUGAGCUCCUGUGAGGGUUGCAAGGGUUUCUUUCGGCGCAGUAUCCAAAAGAACAUGGUGUAUACAUGCCACAGAGACAAGAACUGCCAGAUCAACAAAGUGACUCGCAACCGCUGCCAGUACUGUCGGCUGCAGAAGUGCUUUGAGGUCGGCAUGUCCAAAGAAGCGGUGCGUAACGACAGGAACAAAAAGAAGAAGGAUGUAAAGGAGGAGGUGGUGCUGCCAGAGAACUAUGAGCUGAGUGGAGAACUACAGGAGCUGGUUAACAAAGUCAGCAAAGCUCACCAAGAGACCUUUCCAUCUCUGUGCCAGCUAGGAAAAUACACCACAAAUUCAAGUGCUGACCACAGAGUACAGCUGGACUUGGGCCUGUGGGAUAAGUUCAGUGAGCUGUCCACGAAGUGCAUUAUAAAGAUUGUGGAGUUUGCCAAACGGCUACCAGGCUUCACUACGCUCACCAUCGCUGACCAGAUCACCCUCCUCAAAUCUGCAUGUCUGGACAUCCUGAUGCUGAGGAUUUGCACUCGCUACACCCCAGAACAGGACACAAUGACCUUCUCAGAUGGCUUGACACUCAACAGGACCCAGAUGCAUAACGCUGGCUUUGGCCCACUGACAGAGCUGGUGUUUGCCUUUGCUGGCCAGCUGCUGCCUUUGGAGAUGGAUGACACAGAAACGGGCCUACUCAGUGCCAUCUGCCUCAUCUGCGGAGACCGUAUGGAUCUGGAGGAGCCACAGAAAGUCGACAAGCUGCAGGAGCCGCUGCUAGAGGCUCUGAAGAUCUACACCCGCCGCAGACGCCCAAACAAGCCUCACAUGUUUCCCCGCAUGCUGAUGAAAGUCACAGACCUCCGAGGAAUCAGCACCAAAGGUGCAGAAAGAGCCAUCACAUUGAAGACGGAGAUCCCGGGCCCCAUGCCUCCACUGAUCAGGGAGAUGCUGGAGAACCCAGAGGCCUUCGAGGACAGCAGUGACUCAGGGGACAGCGCCGCAGCCGCUCCCCCUGCUAUUCAAGCCAUCAAACAAGAGGAGAAGGCCACAGAUGAGUCAGCCGUUGAGGAGGAAGAGGAGGAGGAAGAGGACGACUACUGGGAUGAGGAGAAGGAGCGAGGGGCGGACAGUGAUGGGGAGCUGUCGGGGGAGGCGGCAGCGGGCGUGCUAAAGAAAGGUGGAACUGGGAAUACACAGUGAGAGAGACAAGAUGAUGCUGCUUCCUCCUUCAGAUCCCUGAGCCCUCCCGGAAACCUCACAGAAUUCGGCUCUUAUACAACAAUGGUGUUGCAUACAGCACAUACAUAUACUGUAAAUGUUGACUGAAAGGAAAAUUAAAGUAAAAUUCAGUAUUGGAAGCAACGAAUGGAAGAAGCAAAAGCACUAAAUGUAAGUGGGUUGAGCAGAGCGCCACGAGAAAUCACUGUGCCAAAAUGAGACUCUCAAAGAUAUUUCAAAAGUGUUUUGUUCACCCAAAGAGGAACGAGACGUGGUGGACAGAAGAAAAUGCACUCCUCAGCAAUCUAUAAGGGCUAUGCUUUAUAUAAACUUGAUGGUAAAAAUACAUUGCAACAACAGAACUCUAUUAGGUGUCCGUUUGCCGCAAAUGUCUUCUGAGAAUUCCUUUUAUUACUAUUCAGAGAUUUGCGACUUAUUUUUUUAUUGUAUGGUUUUUCUAAGCAUGUAAACAUUUCUGUUCUGUAUUUUUGCCUGUUUGUGGUACUUUUUUUUUUUUUUUGUAUAUUUUUCACUCAGUCCUGCUCACAUUUGACUGGACGUAUAGUGUGUUUUUUUUCUUAAGCUUAUCUUUAAUGUUAGGCAUUUCUGCGUUGUUGGACACGGUGAAAAGCAAUAACAGAGAUAAUAAAUAGAGCAAUUGCAGUCAUGAGCAGGACUCAAACUCACAAUACGACAAGCACGUGGUAUGAAAAGCCCUAAUGGGUAAAACGUUCAAAAGAGAAGAAGAAGAAGACGAAGACUGCGAUUUCAGCUCUGGUGCUUGUGAUGCAAAUAAGAAACUAAUCAGUAAUGCAAAACGAAUGCAGCAGCAUAUCUCCAUCUCUCUUUUUAAUACUUCGACUAAAGAAUCUGCAGGGUAGAUUAAAUGUCAUCACACAAUCUCAGGUUGAUUCCAUCAGGGCCACAUCUCAUCUGACAACAGUAUUUUUUCAGAAAUGCUUCAACAAGAAGUAGGAUUAUUAAAAAUGGAGUCGUUGGCCAUUAUGUACAUGCCCUUCGUGGAGCCAUAAUAUUUUCGUUUUGUCAACGUGAGCUAUGAAUCAUCCAAAUGGACGUAACCCUGAAAAUCAGUUUACUUCACAGAAAAUCUCAGGUGAGUGUGUGUGCGCAUGAGUGUGUAAAUCAGAGCAUUUAUCAAUAGAUAAAAAAAAUAGGCUUUACAGCUAAAAACUUUUCGGAGUUCACUCACCGGUAGGCGUCUGUUGGACAGUAGCAUGUUGAUGCCAAUGCAAGCUGACCAAGAAUCACACGAUCGAUUAAAUGACGUCGCAACCGUCUAAUAAAAUGACCAACAAAACGAAAGCUUUACAUCGGGCGACCUGUCUCCCGAAGCGCAGCGCGAUAGUUUCAAAUGAUGUGUGUUCAUGUGUGCUGCGUCUAAAGAGCGAUGCAGUACAUGGAUUUUGUAAAACAAAUACUUAUGAAUUGUUUCUCAUUGAGACUAUACAGCUUUUUUUUUUUAUGCAAGAUGUAUAAAAUUGACAUGUAAGGAAAGACAAUGUGACUCUUCUUGAACUACUACUUGAUAGUUGUAAGGGAACGAUUCUCCAUCAGCAUGUUGUCCUUCACGGCAUUGCAGUUCAGCUGCAACGUGCUUUUGAUGUAGUUUGUUGAUAUUCGGGAUAAAAAGAUACAGCUAAUGUAUGAUAUCUGAAAAUAAGACCACAUGUUUCUGAUAAUCAGAUAUGGAGACGUUUACUCUUUGAAUGAAGCAGAGAAAGAGAAGAUGUAGAGAAAACAGAUCCUACACGACCACGCUGGCAACACACCAGCAGCUGUGAAGCAGCGACCAUGUAUAGAGUCAGAUAGGUCUCUAGUACCAGCUGUAAAGCCAUCAAGUGCACAUACGUUGAUUUAAAGUAUUAAUUAAUCAGCCCUGAUGCCAUGAUGAUGUUUUUAGACUGUUAAAUUGUCAUUUGUGAUAUUAUAGGAUGAAAACAUCACAGUCAAAUGACUGAGGUAAAAGAUACGAGUUGUCUUCAGUGUGCCACACACACAUUCACAGAGACAGUCAAUAUUUUGCACAUCGUCAGCCAAUCCUACGUACUUUGUUGAGUAUUUAAAUGUCACAUAACGACGACAUUUCAUAUUAAAAUGUUUUCCUGUUUUAUCUUCUCUUUCUAUUUCUUAAACUUGUCUCUUGAACUUGAGCUGGUGCAAUAGAUGAGCCAAGAGGUCACGAGGGCCUCAGCUCGAUACAUCAGCAUGUGAGUAAGAAAACUAAAAAAGGACCAAAGAUAUUACAUUGCAUUUGGACAAAAACAAAUAAAACAUUACUUAAUACAAUAUCUAUUAAAGUCAUUGAUGUGAAAUAUAUUUACUUUGUAUUGUGUGAUAGAGAAAAUGCCGUGAUCUCAAAUUACUUUUUGAAGCUGGAACCAUCUUAUCUCUGUAACAUCUUGUUGAGUUCUUUUAACUGAUGUCUUUUUAUAAACAAUCUUUACAAUGUGCAAAUAACCUGUCUUGAUGUUCAGGGAUUCAGACACCUCGUGCUUUUUAUUUCAAUUGGACUUAAAUACCAAAAUAGCUCUGACAAACACACACACACACACACACAGAAAAACAAAGACUGGGCUGAUCCUUUUGU